CUUUUAUUGCGCCUAGUAUGUCGUUGCGGGUAGAUGAGGCCUCUGGGCCGCUGUCGCUGUCUCCGGCGCCAUCCCCAACCUCGUCCACAUCGUCUACAUCGUCCCUAGACGCUCUUCUCGCCGCAGAGGAUUUAAAUCCGCUGCCCCCGCCUCCCCAAAUAACCGCGCACCGCGUCAUCUUCGGCCGCAAUGUCAUUCAGGUGCCACUCAAGCAGGCGGAGACUACUGAAUACGUGAAUCUGGUCCUGUCUCAACUCGAAUUCGACGUCAUGGCGGUUCACGUCCCACAAUACGAAGAGCUUCCUCCCGAGGAGCUGUUGGAACGGAUAACGCAGCUUCUCAAGGAGCAGGAGACCAAGAAACGUCAACGCUUGGGCUCCAGUAGCUCUAUUACGUCCAAUGACCCGACAGACUCCCUUGCCGCCUUCCAAGGUCGCCUACUGGAGCUAGAAUACGAGCGUAAGAGGCUGCAGACCAAGGUAAAAGGCGCCAAAGCUCUGCAGAUCAACCUCACAGAGGAGAACACGGCGCUUCGAGUGCAGUUGGAGCAGGCAGAGCAGCAAGCAGUUGACAUUGAGGAGUUGCUGCAAGAGAACGAGCUCUUGAGGUACCAAACUCUUCACUUAGGAAGCGACGUAGCCAAGUGGGAGAAUGUAGCGAUAAAGGCGGUGCAAGAGUUGAGGACGUUGAAGCAGGAACUUAUAGCGUUGAAGAAGCAGGUCCAGGGCGAUCGAGAUGAAACAGCGUUGACUGUGGAGGACGCUAUGGCUAUGCUGGUAGAGGACGUCAAUAGACGAGAACAGGUGCUGCAGCAGAGCUAUCUGGCCGAGAAGAGGGAGAGGGAGGUGAUGGCGGAGAAGUACUACGAGCUUUCUGGCAAGGAAUUUGCCUUCGAUCAGAUGUUUGGACCUCACAGCACUCAGGCAGAAGUGUAUACACAGGUGGAACCUCUGGUUUCGUCGUUUACGGAUGGAUACAAUGCUUGUAUCAUGGCGUAUGGACAGACAGGAUCCGGUAAGACGCACACGAUGGUGGGCAAUGAACAAGGCGCGCUGGAACACCGAGCCAACGGCCUUACCGUGCAUUCUAAUGCUGGUAUGAUCCCACGAGCACUACAGCACGUCUUUGCCAUGGUGAAGAAGCGACAAAUGACAUAUGUGGACUCACUACGUGUGAGUAUGGUGGAGAUCUAUAACGACCAGAUUCUGGAUUUAUUGCACGAAGACAGCACUAGAGGCGGUAAGAACGCUGUGGCCAAGAGUGAGACGGAUAUUACUGCUCGUGAGGUCAAUGGCUACGCACAAGUGGAUGCGGUGAUGCGUGAUGGAAACGCCAACAGAAACAUCGCAGCUACCAAAAUGAAUCUGGAGAGUAGUCGCUCCCAUGCGCUCGUGUUCCUGCAUCUUGAGAGUCAACAUCGUGAGACCCGCGAGGUGCGCACAAGCACGUUGUGUUUGGUUGAUUUGGCUGGCUCGGAGCGUAUUUCUCGCAGUCAAGUGGAGGGCGAACGCUUACGGGAGACGCAGCACAUCAACAAGUCUCUGGCUGCUCUUGGAGAUGUGGUUUACGCGCUGCAACACAAAGCUAAGCACACUCCGUAUCGCAACUCGAAGCUCACGUACAUGCUUCGUGACAUGCUGUCGGGACAAGCGAAGACGCUGCUGAUGCUGCAGUUGAGUCCUGAUGCCGCAGACGUGGAGGAGACAACCUGUUCUCUACAGUUUGGCGCUCGUGUAAGUCAAGUGCAAAUGGGUGCUGUGAAGCCUAGUGUGCAGAGUGGUGCGCUGUUCAAGUUGCAGGAAGACAACCGCGCACUAGAGGCCAAGACGCAGGCGAUGGAGGCGCAAUUGAACGAGUUGCUGCGACGGUGUCAGCAGCAAGGAGACGAGUUACAUGAAGCGCACAGCAGUAAGGAGGCAAUAGAGCGGCAAUUGUGGCUCCUCGGUGGUCGACAGCGUGGUGGUAAGGCUUCAGACGAGCUGGAGCAGGGCGAUUAUACACCAGAGGCUCGUUCUCCGUCGCCGUCACGGCCUCCAAGCCCGACUCCGUCAGCCAAAUCUAGUCGCAGUGUUUCAUCUGCGACCUCAGCUCGCUCGGCUCGGCCCAUGCGCUCAGUGCGCUCGGUGCAGUCUACAACUACGUCGUCCCAGCGGCCUACUACUCGACGAUCACAGACCACGUCCACAUCCAGAGUAUCAGGGACUCCUCGAACUGGUACAGCCUCUGGAUCGUUGACCCCUUCUCCAGUAUCUCGACUUCGACGUCCAGAGUCGAUGGUUGAGCGCGAAGAACGACGCAAGUCUCUAUCUGCGGCGUCUCGUGACAGAAUCGUGGACCCUGAUCUACGUCGCAAGUCUCUAUCUGCCUCCAGUGCCAGCAGAAUUGCUGACCAGGAUAAUCGACGCAACUCGUUGUCAACUCUUCAGACACGCUCGAUGUCCGGGUUGGCAACACCUCGGUCUUUAAGAACGAAGGAAGCUGCAUCACCCGAGAGUCGGGUGCCGCUGCACCCUCCGUCGAGAACUCCACCCGCCCCUGCUAGACAGAGUGCGCCGGCUGGUCGGUUAUCUAGACAACGGUCUGCUAAGGCUGUAGGAUCCUCUACUCCUCCCGCGUCUUCUCCGUCUUCGAAUUCGUCGACAGAAAACAAACCUGCUCGCACUCUUCACCGUGCAGCCUUAACUCCGUCGAGAGCAUCGUCCAGAACCCCGACGAGAACUUCAGCCUCAGCGACUGACGAACGACGCUCGUCUCUGAACAAAACCCGCAGUGCACCAUCGUCAACUCCAAGCACUUCACGACGAGCCCUGACCAGUUCACAGUCGGGCUUUGGAUGGAAAUAA